AUGAACUUGUUGUUGCGCGCACUGUGCGAGUUCACGCCGUGGAGCACGACGACCACCGCCUUGGCAUCGGCAGCAGAAGAGAGAUGUUUCGGCAGCCAGAAGCGGUAA